CUGUUAUAGACUUUUAACCGAGACUAAAACUUCCGACUAGUUCAAGGGUUAAAAUAUCUGCUCAAAACGUAGAACUCUGUUGGAGAUUUGGAAAUAUUAAAAGAAAAUCUGCAGCAAACUCGAAGAUGGCUGAAUAUCUACGACCAGCAUUUGCAAUAAUUCUACCAAAUCUUGGUGGUAUAGCUGGUGGUGUCAUAACACGUAAAAGCAUCCCCAACUGGUAUGAGCAUUUAAAUAGACCAUCUUGGAGACCUCCAAAUUGGGCGUUUGGUCCAGUGUGGACAUAUCUGUACAGCUCCAUGGGAUAUGCUUCCUAUUUAGUUUGGCGGGAUGGUGGAGGAUUUGAUGGUGAAGCCAGACUUCCUUUAGCGGUCUUUGGUACUCAGCUGGCAUUAAAUUGGGCAUGGACUCCCAUAUUCUUUGGUGCUAAGAAACUGGGUCUGGCAACCAUUGAAAUAGGAGCAUUAUGGGGCACUAUCCUGGCCACAAUUAUCACAUUUAACCCCAUCAAUAAAACUGCCAGUUAUCUUCUGAUACCCUAUCUUGGCUGGGUAUCUCUGGCUAGUUGUUUAACUUAUAGUAUCUGGAAGAACAAUAAAGAUAGACGUGAUUAAAUUAUCACUAAUGUGGGAAUAUUCCCAUAUAUUGAUUGCAUCUAUUGUUUAUUUACCAUAAAAAUACUCCAGUUAUACUUGUAAUGGAGUCGCUUGUUUAGAAAAAACAUAUUCUUAAAAUUGUCAGAGCCGUGAAUAAGGCUUUGGAAAUUGUCAGUAUUAUUUUUCUCCUUCUCAGACAUAAUACAAAUUAUUUAUAUAUAUAAACUAGAUAAGAACUUUUAAGUCCCUAUGAUGCACUAUUAUAGAUGUCUAUAACAUUUUGGGGAUUUCAUUGUAGCACCAUUAUCUUUAGGUCCCCAUGAUGCACUAUUAUGGUGUCUAUAAAAUUUGGUCCUUCCAUUGUAGCACCAGUAUCUUUAAGUCCCUAUCAUGCACUAUUAUGGAUGUCUAUAAAAUUUGAGUCCUUCCAUUGUAGCACCAUUAUCUUUGGGUCCCCAUGAUGCACUAUAGAUGUCUAUAUACAUGUAAUUCAUAUUAAAUGUCAGUGCUUCUUGGUCAUGUACAUUAAUCUACUGUAAAAAAUAUGUUAUAAAUCAAAUUCUAGGUAUAUGUAUAUGUAAAACUCUCUCCACAAAUUGCACAAUUUUUUUAAAUCUCACAUUUUCAUGGUCAUUUCAGGAUUGUUAAUUCAUUUCCUUAAUAUAUUAAAUACCAUGAACUGGUAUCAAUACUGUACAUGUAUCUGUUUUAUUUUUAUAGUUUGUUAUCUUGGUAUCAUGUAUCUAUAUAGACGUUCUUCCGUCAAACGAUUUGUAUUGUAUAAGUGUAAAAUUCAGCUGUUAGGGUAUUUGGUACAUAGCUAUAUAGAUGAAAUAUUUAUAAUAAAGUU